UUUUUUUUUUACCUUUUGUAUAUAAAAGGAUCCCUUUUUCUUUCUUUUUUCGUCUGAUUUGAAAUUCUUUUUUCAUCUUGUCAAUUUUUUUUUUUUUGAAAGCUUUGCUCUUUUAAAAAACCUGUUUCCCGUUUUCACUCAAAACAAAAAAAAGAUUCAUCAAAAGCAUCCGGGUCUCUGGCCACAACAAAGUACAGAAAGAAAAAGUUUACCAUUUUACCUUUUCUUUUUUCCUCUCAAAAAUCAUCUCAAUUUCGACACGUUAAACACCCCAAAGGGAUUUCUCAUUGUCACCCAUUAUACAACAACAACAACAACAACAACAACAACAACCCUCUGCUGCCAUGACGUUUAUCAAAAAGUACAACUCUACUGAUAAAACCAUCCUCCAAGAGAUCCAUCAUUCUCCUUCUGAUGUCUCCACUAUGAACGACAGCGCUGAUCUUGAAAAAAAAAUAAAUGUCGAGAUCAGCAGUAUGGAAGAGCAGAACGAACAACAACAACAACACCAUUCAUUGAAACGUGGACUCAAAGCGCGUCAUAUUCAAAUGAUUGCGCUUGGAGGCACGAUCGGCACGGGUCUCUUUAUGGCGUCGGGGAAAGCCAUUGUAGCAGGCGGCCCUGGCGGUGCGAUUGUCGGCUACGGUUUCAUGGGCAUUCUUGUCUUUUGCGUCAUGAUGAGUCUGGGUGAAAUGGCCGCCUACAUUCCUGUGGCAGGCUCUUUCUCUCACUUUGCGACUCGUUUUGCAGACCACUCGCUCGGUUUUACGGUGGGGUGGGUGUACUGGGCCAACUGGGCGAUCGGUGUCGCGGUGGAGCUGACGGGUGUCGCGAUGAUCAUGGAAUACUGGGUCAAAUCGGUCAACAGUGUGAUCUGGUCGGUGAUCUGUCUGGGUAUUUUGCUCGCGAUCAAUAUCUUUUCCGUCAAAGGCUACGGCGAAGUCGAAUACUGGAUUUCGUUUGUCAAGAUUGUCAUUGUUGUUGUGUUUAUCAUUGUGGGCAUUUGUGUCGAUACCGGGGCAGCCGGCGGCGUGACCUAUGGCGUCAGCAACUUCCACUUGCCCGGCGGCGCUUUCCCGAAUGGCUUUUUGGGUGUCUUUAACGUGUUGAUUACGGCCGCUUUCUCUUACAAUGGCGUUGAAAUCGUCGGUAUCACGGCCGGCGAGUCGGCCAACCCUCAAAAGACGGUGCCCUCCGCGGUCAAGCAAGUGUUUGCGCGUAUUGUCUUGUUCUAUGUCUUGUCGAUGCUCAUCAUCGGUCUCGUGAUCCCGUACACGGAUCCCAACCUGAUGUCGGGCGCGGACGAUAUUGCCGUCUCUCCUUUCACGCUCGUGUUCAAGAAAGCCGGUGCGGCCUGGGCGGCCGACAUGAUGAAUGCCAUCAUCCUGAUCACCAUGAUUUCCGCGGGUAACUCGGGUGUCUAUUCCUCCUCGCGCACGCUUUUGUCCCUGGCGAACGACGGCUAUGCUCCCCGCUGCUUCCAUCGUGUCAACCGCUGGGGCAUUCCCUUUUGGUCUGUCUUGGCCACGUGUGCUGUCGGCUGUCUCGCCUUCUUGACGUCCUUGUUUGGCUCCGGUGUCGUAUUUACAUGGCUCACCUGCUUGACCUCCUUGGCGGGUUUGAUCACCUGGGUUUCUAUCGCUGUGACCCACCUUCGUUUCCGUCAAGGCUACUUGGCUCAGGGACGCUCGCUCAACGCUUUGCCCUAUGUCGCUCCCUUUUUCCCCUUUUGUGAUAUUUUUGUCAUUGUCAUCGGUACGAUUGUGAUCUUUGGUCAGGGCUACAAGUCGUUUAUGCCACCGACCGCCUCGGGUGUGAUCUCGACCUAUAUUGGUCUCGUCUUGGCUGUGGUUCUCUACGUGGGUCAUAAAAUCUACAGACGUGGUGGCGGAUUUGUCAAAACGGAAGAGAUGGAUUUCGAAACAGGUACCUUGUCCAACACGGUGCUGAAUAUCCGUAAAGACGAAGGGGAUGAUAGUAGUAGCGCUCAUGCUGAUGCUGAAGGGACGCCUCUAUGGAAACGGAUUGGAUCCAAAUGCAUCUCUCUUCUCGCUUAGACCUACUUUAUAUACACACGCAUCCUUUCAAAUGAUUUCCUGUAUCUAUUAUGCUUCCAUCCAUCUCUAAAGACAAAAAAUAAAGAGCGUGCUCUCCUUUUUUGGAAAACGGCCGUAAAAAAAAAAAAAUAUUGUUUAUUCUACUUUUUUUUUUUUUUU